AUGGCUUCGCGAUCGCCAUCUCGCGGCCGUUACAGGUCGCGCACGCGCUCACCUGCUGCACGCUCUGAACGUUCUCGUUCACCCCAGCGCCGCCAUCGUCCCGACUCGCGGUCACCUGCCCGCUCCACAUCACCUCAGCGUCGUAAUGGCCGUUACAGAUCUCGCAGCCGCACUCGGAGCCGUAGCAACAGUCGGAGUCGAAGCCGCAGUCGUAGCUGGAGCCGCGGGGCCCGCGAUCGCAACGACAGAGAUAGGAGUGCUUCCCCAGCCGCUAAGAGCACAAAGAUUGUAGUAGAGCGACUUUCCAAAAACAUUAAUGAGCAACAUCUUUAUGAGAUCUUUGGGCAGUUUGGACGCAUUAAGGAUCUUGAUCUUCCCAUAAACAGAACCUUUGGAACAAACCGUGGCACGGCAUACAUACUUUACGACUACGAGGACGAUGCCGAGGCCGCGAUAGCCCACAUGCAUGAAGCUCAGGUGGAUGGAUCCGCGAUCAAUGUGUCCAUAGUGCUUCCCCGUCGCAAGCUUUCUCCUGCGCCUCCAACAGCUCGGCGUGGAGCCAACAUUGAUCCCAGAGUGCCGUUUGCGGGAGUACGUGGGGGUCCCCCUGGUGCAGGCAUCGGAGGAAAUAACGGCAUGGGUGGUGGUGGUGGUGGUCGCCGCCGAGCAUCUCCAGGGAGUCGGUACGGACCCAGGUCUGAUGUGUAUCGCCCAGGAUCGCGUUCGCCUUCCAGAUCGUCGGCUGGCCCCCCUCCUUCCCGUGGCGGUGGUGGAAGCCGAUACCGCAGUCGAUCCAACAACUCCUUUUCAUCUAGAUCACGCUCGAGAUCUCCAGUUCCCCGGCGAAAAGCAGCCGGCCGCCACGAUGAUCACGAGACAAGACGACGCGGGAGCAUUGAUAGUCGCGAAGGUCGAAGUCGAUCUCGAGGACGCGGUCCAAAAUGA